AUCGUGACACGAUGAUUGUUGACAGCCCCCUUUAGGAAGGAGCUUGUUGGAUCUCGCGUGAAAGAAGUGCGAUGUCAGUGACAUUAUUCUUUUAGUAAACGAAAAUCUUCAAGAUCGUUCUGCAAUAGAAACUUUUCUAAGGGAAGAACAUUAAAAGUUUAUUUCGGUUUCGUUGAACGAUUCCGAUCGUUUAUCAUAGGAAGGUAUUCGUGAUAGUGUAAAAAUGAGCGGAAGAUCACAAAUAACAGCAAUGAAUGGAAAAAGGCCAUCUUCUAUGCCUGUGAAGCAUCAAACUGAAACUUUGGCUCAGCAUUUCGACCUAAUCAAAUACAUAUGUGACUCUUGGAAUUCCGUAUCAAGAGAAUUAGACAUGUGUUAUAAUCAACCGCACUUAAAUUCUUCGAAUUACAGGAAUGGUACUUCUGUUACAUAUUACCAAGAGCGCGAGCCAAAUCCCCAACUUAAAGAUUUUGAGCCAUUCGAUCUUGAAGCCUGGUGGGGACAACGUGUAGUUCAAAGUAUUACCAGAAAUGCGAGUUCCUAGUGCCAGGCUGAACUUGUUGGCUAUAAUCGAACAUUUUCGAACAGACAUAAGAAACAGAAGAGAUAAUCUCAAAGUUGUAAAAAUAACUUUUGUCUUCUCUAGGAACAAUGCAUCGUAUACAUUAUAUAAAAGAAAGAAGUAACGAUGGUACACAAAUAUAGACACACAUAAAGACACACGAACAUAUACACGAACACACAAGUAUCCGUUUGAGCGACUUGUGAAACUUUUGAUAAUGAAAAUGGCGGUAGGUAAAUAUUACGGGAAAACAAAGAGGAAAGGAGAAUAGCAUUAUUUUAUGCACAUGCUAUGAAACAACAUUCCUCUCACCUUUGAUCUUAUUUUAAUGCAAUGUUAUCUUUUACUUCGUCAGUUUAAGAAACACACGUAUUAUAUAAAAUUGAAAUUUUUACCUUUUCCUAGUUCUAGCGUACGUUAUCUUUGUAAGAUUCAAGAGACGUAGUAAUUAGGAAGAUGUUGAUGCAUGACGAAUUAUUUAUUUUAUUUCUCAAAGAAAAAUGUAAGUAUAGGCACUAGUUUAUUCUGACAUUAAAUUUUCUCUAUUAUUUAACGUGUUAUAUAUAUAUAUAUAUAUAUAUAUAUAUAUAUAUAUAUAUAUAUGUAUAUAUAUAAAUAACACGCAUUUAAAUAAAUAUGUAUAUAAAUAAAAAAUAAUUCCGCGCGUUUUUUACAUUUUUAAAGUAAGAUUUAUGUGGAUAGAAAACUAACUUAAUGCACAAAGCAUUUAAUGGAUAAUAUAAACACGAGUGAUAGAAACACGCGGAUAGAUAGUCUUCAACGUAUACUUCUAAGAAUUUAACAUAUACAUACACACACACACACACACACACACACAAGGAUUUUCACACUAGUUGCAUUUUACACUAUUAAAGAUUUUGCUCUUCUUGGCACUCACGGAAAAGAAAAUAUUUAUGUUAAAAUAAAAAUAGGAAAAAGAUUUUCAUUCUAGAAUGAUUAAUAUUAAUAUAAAAGAAAAGAAAUGCUAUAUGCGAUUGAAAUAGUAGACGUAAAUUGCAGAACUAUUUCUGCAUAAUUUUAAAUACGUACACAGACGUACCCACGUGCAUGCAUGCAUACAUAUAUACAUGUAUGUAUGACAUGUAUAUGUUUAUAAUAUGUACAUCUAUGCGUGUAUAGUAAUUGUAUAAGAUUAAUUGGAUAGCGUUUUUAAUGACAAAACAAAAAUAACGAUUAGUAACCUUCUA